ACUACUAAAAACAUAGUUUAUACUUUACCUUCAAAUAUGUUACUUAACUGUAUAUCCGAGAGAAAGAUAAAUAUCCUUUUACGAUCUGAAUAGUGUAUUUUAGUCGAUUUUUAUAGCGAACUUAAAUAAGAAAAUGUACAAUUUAUGCUAGUCUAGGAUUUGCUCAAUAUUAGUCGAUGGUUUAUCUCAAUGUCAAAGCUGUCAGCUUGUCCUUAAGGAUCCCUCGUUUUAAAGAUGCUGUUGAACUUUGGAGGUUGGGUCAAGUUCAGCUCUUGUCAGUGGCGCGUGCAUUUUGGGAGCCACAUAUUGUUGAGUAUCCGGAUGCGGUAGUGAUUAUGCUGGAUUAAGCAACGAUAUCAAAUUUAGGCACUAUGUAGACACCAGGUGGUUACAGCUGCGUGUAGCACGCGUUUACGUUCGCGUUCGCACCGUGGACAUCCUUAAGAUUGAGAUUCACACUCAGAUUGUGUGAGGAUCGCGUAAACAAGAGCGAAGCGGGGGCAGCCCAGCAGCUGGACCAAUCUCGUGUGAGAUCGCACCAUGUGUUUGCCACUUCCACCAAUUGUAGGCAGCCGCAGGCAGCGCAAUAUUACGGCGUACGCCAGACAAGGCACAAGGCACGCCUCCAAGUGCCAAAAAUAGGCCAUAUGUUGAGAGCGAGAGAAAGAGAGGGACAAACAGUAAGAGAACAAGAGAGCUCGUCGAGGAGAAUCUGGUAAAAAGGAAGAAUCGCUUGUGAGAAAUAGUCAGAAGUGUUUGAUGUGUGCUCGGCAACGGUCAUAGAAGCAACAGAAGCUACUACGGUUCAAUCUCGACUGAUACGUAUAUAUACAUACGAGCAUUAGUAAUAUUCACUACUAUUUAUCGAAAAGUGAAAAAGUGUUCAAGUGAAGUGUAAUAGUUAAAAAAUGCCACGCAAAAAGCGAUCUUCCAGCCCCUUGGAUAUGUUCGACGAUGACUUCGAUGAGGAUGCUAGUUCACAAAGCUCUCAGCCGCCGGUGCAACGAAAUGCGGCAAACGCACGGGAACGCAUGCGAAUGCGUGUGCUGUCGAGUGCCUAUGGAAGACUGAAGACAAAGCUGCCCAACAUUCCGCCGGACACAAAGCUCUCCAAGUUGGACACCUUGCGGCUGGCCACGCUCUACAUUAAACAGCUAAUUAGUGCCGUCGAGACGGGCAAUGGCAAUUCGCAUGGCGGUCAUCCCAUGGCUGAGUUGCUGGACUCGAGGCAUUCAGCAACAACAACGACAGAUUGCAGCGGCAGCAACAGCUCCGCCGUCGGAGGAACGGCGACAUCUUUUAAUUUCCACAAUGCUGGACAUCUCGGCAUGAGCUGGCCCUUUGAGUUUCAUCAGCACUUGCAACAGCAUGGUAACAAUCGCACUUCGAACCAGACAUUCAGCUCAACGCGCAUGGAUUGGCAAACUGCCCAGACGCAAUCCUAUCCUAAGGCGCCACGUAAUGAACAUCAGCUUGUGAGUGACGCCAGCUACACCCAAUUACAGGAUGCUCAUUGGUAUCCAUCUGAUAUGGGUAUGCAAUUGGAUCAAUCGCGAAGUGGGAACGGCUGCUGCGCAUAUGAAACAGCCGGAGUUGGACAGCAUCAGCAUCAACGUGGCAUUCCCAUAGCCACCAGUCAGGCGCAUAGCCUUUAGUUUAGCAUUUAAAUAUCCUACUACUACUAUAACGACUAACUAAAAUUGUAUUAAAAUCGUGAUUCGUAUUCUACUCGCAGUUGUGUAUGUAUGUUAUGUAUUUUACUAAGCCAAAGAUUAGAUAUAUUUAUAAACUCUUUUAUAUUAUUGUACAAGAAAAUAAACUAUCCAAAUGUAUUUUGAAUUUU